ACGGACGUGUGUUGAUCGCGCGACGGGCAUCACGGCGUUCGAUAAUUUUUUUUUUUUAUUAUCACUUCCUUAUCCUAAAUACUUACUUGCACAAAAUUUUCAAACAGCCUCUAGUUGGAUCUCAUCGCUGUCGACGGUUGAUUCUUAUCAAAAUUAUUUUGUCGACAGUCACACGUGUGUGCGCUGUGUGUUUUUUUUUUAAAGAAGGAUCAGUUUUUUUUAACUCGCAGUAAUCCAAUCGUACUUUUAUUUUACUUACCUUCAACGUUAUUCCGAAUUGGAUUCCCUUUUUGACAACCAUUUUAUUUUCUUAAAAUUUUGUUUUACCCUUGCUUCUGACGUACAUUUGUGAAAUACGUAUAAGUUGAAUAAUUUUUGUGGUCAAUCGGUCAUUCGCACAUCGUGUCCAUAUCGAUGAAUUAUUGUUACAUACUUACAAUAUAUUUGUUAAACUUUUGUGUGUAUAAUUCAUAAAUCUGCAAGAAAUUGAGAGGCACGUUACAAUAGACAUGCGCACGUGAUCGAUUCGUUAUACGGAAUUGCAGCAACGAUCCGUUGAUGAUAACAACGAUAUAAACGAGACACUUGCGGUGCAGAAAACUAAGAAUAAAACAAAAAAAAAAAACACCAUAAAUAACGAUAAACAAAUAAAUAAAUAAAAAUUAAUUAACGGCGUGAGCGCUCGUCGGUUCGUUCAUUCUUAUUUUGUUGUUCUUCAAUUUCUCCCUGGAAGAAAAGUGUCAACGCACCGCGUUCGUUGGUCACCGCAAGAGACAAUUGAGUGAAUAUUUUGUGCUUCGAAGAAGAGUGAAGAAAAUUUACUCUCGUCAUCAUGGGGACCAGAACUUUGCUCAUUGUGUAUUUUCUCCACGCCGUCGCAGCGUGCGGUCAAUGCGCGCACGCAGCCACCGCCAAAGAAGUGCUCCAGAGUUUCGAGGAUCCCGAACACGCGGUACAGGAAGGAUGUUACUUCUCCGCCGAGUAUCAGGGCGAGUUUAUCAUGCAGGUUGGCGGGGCUGGUUCCAAAGGUUCAGGGAGCAUCGGUGAUCCGGUGCCAUACUCCUCGGUCCGCAUAACCUUCAAUUCGAUACCUGUGUGGGGAUAUUGUCGGCGACGAGUUGGCCAGAACGUGCUUUUGGUCAAUAGAUACAACGACGAUGAUUGCAUCCGAUGUUUCCGAUUGAUAAGGAGAUCGCGAAACAUAAUCGAAGUAUUCUCAGAGAAUUUGAACAGAUGUUACACUUCCGAGAUUGCCGCGACAGCAUCUUGUGAUACUCUAUACUCCAAGGCUAUUUUAUACCGUACUAAGGAAUUCGCUGGGCAACCGAUAAGGAACGAAUAUUGCCCGAUCGAAGGACGUUACCAUUUUACGUACAAUAUAAACGACGGUUCGGAAGAAAAAAUUGAAUGUAACACGUUCUCAUCUGACUUUGGCAACUGCCCGGACGGAUCGGUGUUUCAUUUGAAAUUCAAACGAUGCUCGUUCGAGAAUCUUGGUAGGGAUGAUUUCAUCAGUCUGUCGAGAAAGGCGUCUCGCGAUCAGAUAAUGAAUAUUACAUUCAAUUGUCUCGGUACUUGGGACGGGCCGAACGGAUCGAAAUACUUGGCUCUUCUGGACGCGCAAGGAGGCGAAGAACGUCGACCCCAAUAUCGAUGCGGUCUUUAUCAUGUCGAUAGUAAAAAAGGUAAAACCUACCUGGCAUUCAGCAGCGACUCGAGUUGCACACAAAAUCUUGAAAAUUCAACUAGCGGAUACGAAACUCUGGUACUGAGCAAAGCGACGAACCAAAAAACGGUACCAGACUACGUGAGAAAUCAUGUAGCACUAUUCCCGAAAUGGUCGCACGGCGAGUGGGAACAAUCGUUGAUCGUAAACGGCACGAUGACGUUUACGGAUACAAAUGGAUAUAAAAGUUACACUUUCGUAACUGUCGAUUCGAACGAUCAAAGCGGACGUUAUGUCGUCUAUUCGAAGGACCAAUGUGAGAUGGAGGGUUACGUGUGUUUGAUGAUGAAACAACGUAGUGAAAACGUUCUGGAAUUCACCACAGGUACGGCAACGAGUCUUACUUACAAAAGUUACCUCUGCGACGAUCCGAAUCUCGACAAACCCGUUUGGAUGACACAAUCCAGAAUAGAACGCGUGGUCGAAUCUCCUUGCCCAAUUACGGGCCAGUAUACGGGAGUUAUAACCGAUCUUCCUGGAAUGUGCGCAGAGUUAAGCAGUAAUUGCAACACGCGAGAAAUCAUGUAUUACAAAGUCAGUGAUUGUAGUACCGGUGAAUUAUACGAGGAACGCAGUUAUUUGUGUCUUGGACAGUGGGAAGAAAAUGGCGUUAUGUAUACGUACACGAAGAGAAACGACACUAGUACAAACGAAUGCUUCGUUGGACUGAUAGUUAACGACGAGGAAAUCUACAUCAAAGAAGCUGGGGAUCAUUGUAUAAGAAAUAUCGAUCCCAAAACGCAGGGAAUGCGUUUGUACAAAAAAGGACAAUGUUAUGGCAACUCUCCGAGUCCCGCACCCACGCCGCUUAAACCAAUUCCGCACGAUCCAGUAAUGCGGAUUACUUCCACACCUCGAUCAAACGUUGGAGAUAAUACGAUCAACCAAAUUUCAACAAUCACGGCUGGAUCCAGAUGUAUCGGGAAAACCGCAAAUAAUCACCACACUAUGUUCCUAAUUAUCCUUUUGGGGUUAAUUUACUUAAAUAUGUAUUACUCGAAGUCGGAGCGUUGAAGAAUUGUUUUAUAACGGAGAUAUAAAUAUAACGCGACAAGCGAUAUUUUAAUUGCGAUAAAUAUACUCUAAGACUGGACAAUGUUUAGAUCUGUCGCCUUUUUUUCAAGAUAAAAAAAAAAAAUAGGAAAGAAAAAAAAAACAAGGACGAGGGUAAAAAAUUUUGUGUAGAAAGUGUAGAAUAAAAAAAUACUAGAAUAAUAUAUUAGACGUAGUUAUAUCAUAUAUAUAUAUAUGAUAUACGUGUAUUCGUAAUCUGAAUAUCUCAACGAGUGUUUUAAAUAUUAUACAUAUAUACACAAUAUACAUAUAACGACUGAAUUUACGAUGGGAAGUUUGCAUUGUGAACAUUUCACGAAAAAAAAAAGAAAAAAAAAUAACAAGUAUUUGGCAACGCCCGGCCAAAUUUUAACUGAAUCUUGUUAACUUUUCACAUAAUAUGUAUUUUAUCUGACGUUAAAAUGACAAACAUUGAUAAUGACUCUCGCGAAAGUGAUUAAUUCGAAAGCUUCACCUUGGUUGGAUAAAAUUUGAAUGCUGUAUUGCAUUUUUUUUGUUUUUUUUAUUUAUUCCAUCUUAUCCAGGUCCUUUGGACACUUCCAAACUGUGACUAGCUUUUCAUUGUGUAUCUCUCGCAAGUAUUUUGAUUUCGAUUUUAAUUUCAAUUUUUUCGGCACAUUUCUUUCGAAUAUUUCUUUGGUUGUAUAAUUUUUUAAAGCAAUUUUAGACUGAGACCGUUCCAAAAGCCGUUUCUGCAUGUUUUUACAACUGCAUGUACGUAUGUCGCACUGAAAUAUUUUUGAACGUGGCAUAUCAAGCUGUGUGGAAAUUUUUUUUUUUUUCUUAUAUAAACUUAAAAUUAUAUAUACAUAAACACGUGCCUUAGAAAUGUGCGAACAAUGCGUGACUAAUGGCUUCAGUGAAAAAAAAUUUAGUAUACGUAUAAUUGCAAUUUUUAUCAUAUUUAGUUCAGAGAGUUUACAAUUAUCGUAUACAUGUUAAGAUCAAUGUACAGUUUGCCAGAAGGCAAAACAUCAUGAUGCGGCGGUAGAUCGAGCCUUGAGUUAAUUGUUUGCUUUUUGCUUUUCGGUUGGAUAUAAGUAAAUCAAAAAAAGGAAGAUUUCCAUAUUUUCUUUGUAAUUCAGUUGCACGAAGCUUAUUACAAAAAAGAGAAAAAAAUUCAGUCCACAGUUUACAAUAAAUUUUAACGAUUGACUCAAAUCUCACGGAACUACCACGCUAAAAAUCAAAUGUAAAUAUAGUUUAUUGUAAUCCACUUUUUAUGAUUAUUUAUUAGUAAGCAUUUAUGUAAGAACUUGAAACGAAGUACCUCAGGUUACUGAGAGAUGUAAAAAUUGAGGUUCGUCGAUCAAUCGGAAAAUAUUUUUUAACAUUUUUUUUUACUAUUAUCAUGAGUCUUAAUUCAAAGUUCGUAUUUUGAAAAUAUUUUUCCACACAAAUUCCACCGAACCCCAAUCAAUCGAUCCUCGUAUUUUUGGAGCAAUUACCUUGUGUUUUUGUCAAUUUAAACAAUAGAGGUUCGAGUGAGUACUUAACAUGGCAUAUAUUUGAUUGGUUUUUAAGAUUGUAGAUCAGAUUACAUUUUUAAUUUGUGCCUCAAUACCAAGGUUCUUGUGCACGGCUAAUGUUUAUUGUAAUUUAUUUUAUCCAAUUAUUAAGACAUUCAAUCAAUUUUUCUUUUAUCUCAUUCGAAACUUUAUUCUAUAUUAAUUCACUACUUCAUACCGACUGUAAGCUAAUAUUAUUGUAACGAAGUGAGUUCACUUUCCUUAAAUUUCUUCCUCAAACUUGCGUGCUAACAAUAAUUUUAAGCACGUUGUGUUUCGUGCAACAGUGAUGUAAAAUAUUUUUGUACAAAAGACAAAAAGACAGGAUACGAAAAAAGCAAUAAGAAAUACAUAUACGUAUGUCUUUUCCAUACAUGCGCGGAAAGGCCGAUUUCGCUCCCUGUAAUGCGGGAGCAUAGCAUGUGAAAAAGUAGACAAAGGUGUGUUCCUCCGACGGACGCAUUUUUGUUUCGGUCUGCGCAGACCAUAUUUCAGUGGUCAGCUGUUAGCCCAAUGGAAGCCAUCUUGGAAAUCGCUAAAUGAUCUCGAAUGCGAUUGGUCGAAAAUCCAAGAUGGCUUUCACUGGCAGCGGGACGCGAUUGGUUCUAAGAGAUGGGCUGCGCAAGAGAUCGCUUAAAAAAUAACGCCAUCGGACGUCAUAAAUCUUAACCUCGAUCGCACCAGCGUGAUCGAUGAAGCGUUAUUCCUCGCUACAGGAAGCAAAAUCGGCAUUCGCGCACAGUGGAAAUCGAGUUUACCACAGGAGUGACCGUUUCGCUCCCUUGGUGUACAAUAUACUAUUAAUUAGUCUAAGCGAUUGAACGAGACCACGUGUGUCGGACGUACUUAUUUAGCAUACGUUUUCUUUUUAUAAAUCAUAAUACCGAUAUACCUUCUAACGAAAAGAAAUUAUUUCCUAUAAUCUAUAACUAUGUUUGCCAAAUACAUUUUUUAACACAAACGUGCGAACGAAUAUUUCUAUUCGCCAAAUUAUUCGAAAAAUAUAUUUAGCAAAAACUCGUACCACCUUUCUCAAUUUCCUAGUGUGAAAAAACUGAAUUUUGCAACAAAUGUAUCGAUGCGUAAACUUCGGAUUCGGUGCGGCGAUCACAGCAGAAAUUAGUCGAGUAUUAUUUAUCAUGCACCGUUUAUAGUUCAAGCUGGCUGAAAGUAGGUGAUGAUGUUGAGCCUAGAACGAGCCUGACC